AUGGAAGUGAUCUCCCGUCGAUGUGCGGUUGGUGGUGCUGCUCUGGUAGAUGAAAUUGAAAGCAAUUUUCGCAAUUUUGUGCAUGUAGAAGAUGUAAAACAAGAAACACGUGCAUCUCAUGUAGAUGAUGCCAUUGAUGCAGAGGAGGAACUCGAAAAGCUUGAGCCAUAUGGGGAGAACUCGUUAGGGAAUGAUGAACCUGAAAAAACGUUGCCACUGCUUUUCUCUGUGGAACCCACACAGCCUGCAUUGCCUCUUGUCUCUGCCAUGAAAGGAAGCAGAGAAAAGCUGGGAGCAUCCCCAAGGAAGCUGCAUGUGAGUUGGGCUCCUGAUGUGUAUGAUCCAAUUCCUAAUACGUUAUCACGCACUGUUAGAAGCAAGCAGAGGAAGUUUAGUAAAGACAAAGAUAGCAACAAUUACUACAAGAAAAUUGGAAAGAAGGGCUGGAAGGUAAACUCAAAAGGUGGUAAGGACAAGAAACAAUUCCGCAGAACAAAUGGAUCUUUCUGCAGGGUUAUCGUCCAGCUGUUGAUCAUUACCCUGACAACUAAUGCGCUUGCUACUGUUCUUGCAAUGCUCUUUGUUUCACGUGAAAAGCCUACAUGGGUAGAGGGUGUGCGGUUUUGAUCUACGUUAUAAAUCAAAAUCGAAUCGAAAUUUUAGUACAAUUAUAGCUUGAUCCUUUAUCAUUUCAA